AUGUCUACGGAAGUUGAGAUAAAUCCUUUUCGGCCUGGUGGUGAACUUUCUAAAGAAGUGGAGGACAUCUUAAAGAAUUCCACAAUAUCUAGAGAUACAAUAAUCAUCAAUGACCCUGCACUACGACGUGUCAAUGGGAAUGCUACAUCUGUAGAUGGCAUUGUACCGAAUAAUGUUUACACAAAAAGCCAUGAUUCGCCGUUUAAACCCCAUACAUCCAAUGGUCCUAAUACUGGAGGUCAUUCUCCAAAUUCAUCCGGUCCAGUAACAUGUGAGGUAAUGUCUCAACAUGUACCGCCAAUCCAGAGUCCAACAUCACUUCAAUCUGGUCAAGUUGAGCAUGUUAAUAUAAAACGAAACCGAAAACCUACUAAGUGUUGUGUGCUUCAGUGA